UGGGACGCAGCAUGUUUAGACACUCGUGUUGGUCUCAUUCCAGUUCGACUCACGGUUUAAUUCAAAGGAACCGAUUCAGUGAUUCGCGAUAACGAAUCAAACAUCAUCAAAGAACAAACAGUCCAUCAUACCGAUGAGCUGAAUGAAAUGAGCAGAUCAGGUUUCUGACCCCUCCAUGGAAGAGGCCAGCGAUGAGGGGCUUUUACUCAAAGCUGGAUUCCUCAUCUUUGGGCAUGGCUGUGCCUCUGAACCUGGCCGUGGAGACUGAGAAAGCUCAGGCCCUGCUCCAGACCUUCAGCACUGCUUCUCUGUUAGCCAGCGCAGGCCUGGGCACUUUUUGCUUCUUCGUUGAUCACUUUCUGACACUCCCCUUCAUCCAACACCAUCUGUGGUUCAGGGCUGUCCUUGAUAAUGCCGUCCAUGGCAUUAUUGGACUCUGGUCCUGGGCCAUUGUGAUUGGGUUGAGGAAGAAAAGUGACUUCUAUGAAGUCGUCUUGGCUGGGUUUCUGGCGUCUGUCAUUGACCUGGACCACUUCUACUUGGCUGGAUCAUUGUCGCUCAAGGCUGCUGUGAAUCUGCCGCACAGGCCUCCGUUGCACUGCUCCAGCCUGAUCCCAGUGCUGUGCUUCUCUCUGCGCCUCCUCAUGUGGGCCUGUCGGCUUAAGGACUCCUGGUGCUCCCUGCCCUGGAUGCUGUUCAUCUCACUGACGUCGCACCACAUCCGCGACGGCGUUCGCCAUGGUCUCUGGGUGUGUCCGUUUGGCAACACGGCGCCCAUCUCCUAUUGGCUGUACGUCACCAUCACAGCCACCCUCCCUCAUCUGUGCUCUGUGCUCAUGUAUCUGACCGGCACUAGAGACAUGAUCUCCACCAAACACGGAGUUGCCAUAGACGUCUGAUACACUGUCUUAAUUGUGGUUGUUUAUCCAUUUUUUGUUUCCCCCCCCCCCCAGCAAAAACAUGGCACUGGAAAUAUUUCCAUUAGCUCUUCUCUGCAUCAUUGCCAUAUGAACAUUAUUUGUUCUUUCUUUUCCUUCAGAGCUUUCCAGUCUGUUUGAUACUAAUUACUGUAGUCGUUCAGGUAUCAGUAUGAAUUCAGGUUGUAUUGACUGUGAAGACUGUGAAUAUUUUAAUAUGUAUGGUGUAGAUUUGGGUUGGGCGAUGAUAAAAUCUCUUUUGCAGCAUUUUUAGUACAAUAUUUCAUAUAAAAAUCUAUUUCAGAGCAAAUACAGAAGUAACAUUUAUGAUUUUUGCAGGUUUUUCACUACUUAAUAUAUAUAUAUAUUAAGUAGUAUAUUACAAUUAAUUCCUGUUUGAAAUUUUUUUUAUAUGAAAAAUGGUCAAAAGGCUUCAAAAUACAGUCCAUUUUGAAAGUGUAAUUUCUCUGUUUGCUCUGCAUUUGUUCUGAUCUGGAUCCAGAUAGAUAAUAUUUAAUGGUUGUUAAUAUUUAAUAAUUGAUUAAUUUACAAUACAAGUAUAACAAUAAGAGUAAAGGCAGGAACACACCAAGCUGACGGUCAGCCAUCUGGCAGUUUUUGUUCAUCGCCCGACUAAGU